AUGGCUGUCGCUCGACUUGCCGAACUCGCCUCGGAAGGGGUCGCGAUUGGAACCGGCACUCGCCUCCUCACGAACUUAGCCAUUUUUGGCGCCCUCGGCCUGAAUGGCUUUGGAUGUGUAACGUCCGUGGUGACGCUCGUCGAUGAUCUCAACAAAGGCCGCAAACCCAGCCCUCUGCAGCUCUUCCAGCUCUCUGCGCAGCUCCUCUUCUUCACAAACGCCAUCUACAGCGUCAAGCAAGCCAGUACGAUCAUCGAGAACGCGACCAAGGGCGAACUGCGCGCCGUUCAAAACGAGCUCGGCACCAAGGAGGAGCGGUCAAAGCUGAAGCGCAUGCUCAAGCGCAACAACAACAAAUUUGGCCGUGGCACUGGCGGGCAAGUGACGCUGAAGCGUUUGAAAGAUCUCCAAGUGAAGAAGGCUGGUGAUGGCACCAAGCUGGGACCCGCCAUCCAAAAGCAUGCCCAUUUCGACAAGGAGAAUCUGAGAUUAAACACCGACCCCCGCUCCAUGGAGCUGCAAGCGGCGGCAAUCGCGGAAACGGCGCGAACGACGCGUUAUGGUGGCUAUCAAGCCGAUCUGCGCUCGAAGACGACGGUGAUGGCCAUCGAGCCGGAUGCGCUGCAGAACAAGCUGAACGACGCUAUCCAGCCGUCGCAGAGGAAUGGCCGGCACGACGUGAAAGUGCCCGGAACUUUCCAGGCUUGGGAAUUCCGGUACGACCCGAAGACCGGACAGAACGAGAAGGUCUACAUGCAGGUGAAAGAUCCGGUGUUCGGUGUGACGAACGGCCGUGCCGACCACUUCAAUGCGCAGAAGACUGGCGCGAUGAACGAGAUCCCACAGCAGCAAUUCUACGACGCCUACAAGCCCAUCCAGCAGCCGACGCCACUAGCCCACCGCUUCUACCCGCCAAGGCCUGCCCGGAGAGGCGAUGACGAGCACGAACUG